AUGAACCUCCAAGUAGAACCACCCGAGAAGAAGAAGAAGAAGAGGAAGAGAAAGGCGAAGAAUUACUCACCACAACCUUCUCAUCCGUCGUUCUCUUUACUUCCAGGUGAGAUCACUGUGGACUGUUCAGCCCGGAUCUCUAGGUCGUAUUACCCGGCACUCUCAACCGUUUCCAAAAGCUUCCGGUCACUUCUCUCUUCCACCGAUCUCUACGCAGCACGAUCUCACUUCGGAAGCACCGAGAAGUGUGUCUACGUCUGUCUAUGGGAUGCCAGUGAACAACUUCCCCAGUGGUUUAGACUUUGGAUAAACCCUAAUCGAACCCUACCCAACUCCAUGAUCAAGAAGAAGAAGAAGAAGAAGAAGAAGAAGAAGAAAAAGGCAAUCGGACAGCUGUUGGUUCCCAUUCCGUCUUCUAAUCUUACUUAUCUGUCAAUUGCCGAACCGGUAGCUGUUGGUUCAGAACUUUAUGUAAUCGGCGGACCAUUCAACCAUGAAUCAGCCGUUCGGGUGCUCGAUUGUCGCAGUCACACUUGGCGUGAAGCCCCUAGCAUGAAUGUAGCCCGGAGAUAUGCUUUCAAAUGUGUCUACGAUGGGAAAAUCUAUGUUUUUGGAGGGUGCCAAAGAGUGGAUGACGAACCAUGGGGUGAGGUAUUCGACACAAAGACUCAGGUUUGGGAACGCCUUCCUGAUCCGUGUACCGAGGUACGUAAGUUUAGUGUUGAUGAUAGAAUCAGAGAGGUCGAAGGAAAGAUUUACUUUGCUUGUACUAGUACUACAAACAAUACGUAUGCUUACGACACAAAGCAAUGUAAAUGGGAAUGCGAAUGCGAUAAAGACAUGAUUGCAAAGGUUGCAAAGGUUGCAAAGGUUCCGAGUCCAGAAUAUGUGAACGUGACCAAAGUCGUGUACUUUAGUAACAGUUACUCGAGGUCUGACUAUAAAUGGUACUUGAGGUGUAGUGUGUAUGAUGUUGAGGAUGGUGACUGGAAAGAUGUGAAAGGGUUAGACUCACUGUCAGAUAAAUACAUGAGUAAUUGUGGUGGCUCACGUGGUUCAGUCGCCAAAGUAGUUAGGUGUGGUGGGAAACUCUUUGUUAUUUGGGAUGGGGUUACGAAGAGAAAUUCCUAUAAUAUGACGAUUUGGUGCGCGGAAAUCACGCUUGAAAAGCGUCAUGGAGGUGAUAUGUGGGGAAACAUUGAGUGGGUUGAUGUUGUGCAUACCGUCCCCAAAGAAUCUCAGCUCUUGCACUGUCACGUCGUAUCGGUUUGA